AGACGUCACGGAGUGUUGUUGACUGACGCGCUCGGUUUUUGCUUCCGUCUUGCAAGAACAUGCCUUUUUGUUCAAUGUGCAUCUAAAAGAAAUCAAUUCAUUCAAUUCAUAUCGACUUAACUCCAAAACGGUAACAGCAAUGUCGCUGUAUGAUGACCUCGGCGUGGGUGCAAGUGACACCAAGACCGAAGGAUGGUCCAAAAACUUCAAGCUGCUGCAGUCCCAGCUGAAGGUGAAGAAGGCAACUCUGACCCAAGCUAAGACGCAUCGGACGAAGCAAACUAAUGUUUUGGCUCCCGUCAUCGAUCUAAAGCGAGGCGGCCCCGCCGUUGAAGACAGACAAAUCCCAGACACUCCUCCAAUUGUCGCUGCUGCAGUCAAGGAGACCGCCCCCGCCGGCUUCUCCUCUGGAGAUGUGCUGAUCCCGCUUGCCGACGAGUACGACCCCAUGUUUCCCAACGACUAUGAGAAGGUGUUGAAGCGGCACAGGGAGGAAAGACAGCGGCAGAGGGAGCAGGAACGCCAGAAGGAGAUUGAGGACAGAGAAAAGAAAAGGAAAGACAGACAUGAAGGAGGAGCCCCAAGCGGCUUCUCGAGAUUCCCAGCAGCAGAGGAGGACUCUGAUGAAGACGAAGAUUAUGAGAAGGAGCGGCGAAAACGAAGUAUGGGUGGUGCUGCCAUUGCUCCGCCUUCAUCACUUGUGGACAGAGAUGGUUCUUCGGCAUACCCAUACGAGGACGAAGCUCGUCCAAGCAGAGGCUCAAAGGCCGCCAUCCCUCCGCCCAUGUACGAGGACUCGGAGCGGCCGCGUUCCCCACCCGGACCAACCAGUUCCUUCCUGGCCAACAUGGGGGGUACCGUGGCUCACAAAAUCAUGCAGAAGUACGGCUUCAAGGAGGGCCAAGGCCUAGGCAAGCACGAGCAGGGGCUGAGCACGGCGCUGUCUGUGGAAAAGACGAGCAAAAGAGGUGGCAAGAUUAUCAUCGGGGACUUGGCGGAAAAACCAGGGGCUCCAGCGCCAGUUGCUCCCGAGACUCCCGGAGGAGCAGGUGGGACCACCCAGUUGCCGUUCUGUUCUUCGUUUUGGGGCUCAGUGGAUUCCAAGAAGGCUGAUGCAAACCCGCUGACAGAGAUUCUCAAAAAUCCCACCAAGGUGGUCCUACUGAGGAACAUGGUGGGCCGAGGAGAGGUGGACGAAGACUUGGAGGGCGAGACCAAAGAAGAGUGCGAGAAAUACGGCAAAGUCAUUAAAUGCGUCAUCUUCGAGAUCGCCGAAGUGCCCGAUGACGAAGCGGUCAGAAUAUUUCUGGAGUUUGAAAGAGUGGAGUCGGCCAUUAAAGCUGUGGUGGAUCUGAACGGACGUUAUUUCGGCGGGCGGGUCGUCAAGGCCUGCUUCUACGAUCAAGACAAAUUUCGGGUUUUUAACCUGGGCGAGUAGUCACCAGGUCGUCGUCUCCUGUCAUGUAAAUACACCUGUUUUCUAUUUUCCUCAUCUGUUGUAUGAAUUGUGUGUAGUUUCAAUUUUUUUUUUUUUGGGUCAUAGUUCUGAGAUGGAAAAUACCUUUUGUCUCUAAAUAAUAAAGGACUAAAAUUCA